AUGGCACAAUACAAUUUUGAAGGUGCAAUAGAAACUAUAGCUGAACCUCAACUACAAUUCAUACAUAAAAUAAUCGUUGAAAAUGGUUUUGAAAACAGUAAAGUGACCUUCGAGAUGGUUGGCAAACCUGGUGAUAAUUUUCAGGCAAAUGUGAAAAGAAUUAAAGUAGAAGGCGAAAAGGGUACUCUACAGAUGAUAGCGAAAAUAGCAUCUACAAAUGAAACUGCACGACAAAUGUCGAUGACUCCUAUAGCGUUUAGAAACGAGCAGGUCCUGUAUACAGAAGUCUUUCCAAUAUUUGAGCAGCUACAACGAGAUGCAGGUAUUCCAGAAUCAGAACAUCUUAAAUAUGCGAAAUGUUAUGGUGCUCAGUUAGAUCAACCACAUGAAGUAAUUCUUUUAGAAGAUUUGAAAAUUUCACAAUUCGAAAUGUUGGACAAAUUCAAGCCGCUUUCAAGCGAUUGUGUUAAACAUGUCUUGAAGAAUUUUGCUAUACUGCACUCCUUGUCGUAUGUAUUGAAGCACAAGAAUCCAGAAAAAUUCAAUGCUUUAAAAGAAAAUUUGGUUAAUUCCUUUGAACUUAUGGCUGGGAAUGAUUUGAUGAAAAUGUACUUCAUGGGAAUCGAAAACGAUACGCUUUCCAUCCUAGAAGAUCCUGCGCAUAUAAGCUGUUUUAAGAGUAAAUUUACAGAUGCAUUUAACAGUGGUGCAAAGUUGUCGAAAUCCGAUACUAACUGCAAGUAUAACGUGAUACAGCAUGGUGACCCCUGGACAAACAACUUCUUGUUUAAGUAUCAGGAUGGCAAAGUAGUAGAUUCUGUCAUGGUUGACUACCAACAGACUAAGAACUACACUCCCGUGACUGAUAUAUUGGGGCUGAUCUUCAACUGCACAGACUAUGAAACCAGGAAACAAAACUUCUACGACUGGAUAGAUUAUUAUCACUCAGAAUUAGAUCAAUCUUUGGCUAAUUUCACUCUAAAAGCCAAUUACAUAUAUCCUCGUGACAAAUUAGACGCCGAUUUAAAGCGUUAUGGAAAAUUAAUGUUUGGUCUAUGUGUACUUAUGGCCAGUAUGAUGUCGAGGAAGUCAGAAGAAGCUUCCAAACUGAUGGAGGGGAUGAUGAACCUGGACAAUACAAAUGAUGAAAAGUUGGCAGAAACAGCACAACAGAUGAGUAUUCAGUCCGGUGAUAAUGAAGUACAGGAGACUUAUAAAAAUAAAAUCAUUGGGUUGAUUAAUAGUUUCACUGAGUUUGGGUUAUUCUAA